AUGACCGAGUCGUUUGAAACGUUUUGUGUUGUCGACGUCCGACUGAUGGUGCACAACCAAGCCUACAUCUCUGAAGCAUACAUCAUGACCAUCGUUGUACUGCGUAUCAGAAGUGCUGACGGCUUCGUGCACAGCGGCCCCAGUCGAAUGGGUGACGACGUCGGCGGCUAUCGAGGUGGUGGUGGUGGUGGUGGUCAGACCAUCAUUACAAGUUACUCAAGCUCCACGGUCAAACCCGGAUCGUGCUCAUCGUUUCCCAUGGCCACCAACGUCCGUCAACAAACUUCAGCCACAACCUUCAGGUCAUCUAAACGAGGUCGAUGCUAUAAUAAACUGCGUCCAGCUGAGUACAUAUUCUGUGCUCAAGGAGAAGUGAACGUCACCCACGUACCUUUUCGUUGUCUCCAGAAACCUUAUAUCUGCAACUUCACCCUCGCAACGCCCAUCCUCCUCAUCCAAGCUAUUCAGUCACGAUAUCUAGCCGAGACGUUGCACGUCGCAUAUGAACGAGCCGAACAAGUCGACGAAACCUGA